AAAUAAAAUAAAAAUUAAAAAUUCAAGAAAUUAAAAAAAUACUUUUUACCUUAAAAUAUCUUAAACGAUCAAAAAGGGCAAAUUGGGUAUUUAGCCUGCAUUCUGUUACAAAAUCCCCGCCAUUUUCCUCUGUUACUAAAUACUAGCCCGACAAGACAACAAUAAUCCUUAAACCCUAAUUUCUACGGAAUAGAGGGAAAACCUUAAUGUUACUUCUCAACCGCCUCUCCCGCGAGAAACCACCGUAUCCAACGCUGCUCUCACGCUAUCUUUCGUCGGCCUCCGCCUCGUCAAAGCUCCAUGACCAGUACUCCUUUAUGCCCCCACCUUCUCUCUCUCCUCAAAACCAUCAAAACCCUAAUUCAACUCCUAAGAAAAAGCAAAAGCCUCUAUAUCGUCCACCUUCUUCACUCGACCGAAACGGGAAAAAACCCACUCAUUCAGAUCUUCCGUUUGAUUUCCGAUAUAGUUACACGGAGAGCUCUCAGUCGGUAAGGCCCAUUGGACUUAGAGAGCCUAAGUACUCUCCAUUUGGUCCAGACCGUCUUGACCGAGCAUGGACUGGAGUUUGUGCUCCGGUUGUUGAACCGAAGUUAAAGUUUGUGGAUGGGUCAGAGAAUCCGAAUUUGGAGGAGAAGAGACGGUGGUGGAGAGAGCAAAUUCAAGGUCAGCCACUUACUAAUGCUGAGAGAAAAAUUUUGGUCGAGAGUUGUCAAAGGCAUAAAACUAAGAAGCAAAUUAACCUUGGGAGAGAUGGUUUAACCCACAACAUGCUGAAUGACAUUCAUAACCAUUGGAAACAUGCUGAAGCAGUCAGGAUUAAGUGUCUAGGUGUUCCCACUGUUGACAUGAAAAAUGUGUGCACCCAGCUCGAGGAUAAAACCUUUGGGAAAAUCAUUCACAGACAUUGUGGUUUACUUGUAUUAUAUAGAGGCAGAAACUAUCAUCCCAAGAAAAGGCCUGUGAUUCCGUUGAUGAUGUGGAGACCUCAUGAACCCAUAUAUCCAAAGUUGAUAAAAACUACUAUUGAAGGCCUGAGCAUUGAGGAAACAAAGGAAAUGAGGAAGAAAGGGCUAGCUGUUCCUGCUUUAACAAAGCUUGCCAAAAAUGGUUAUUAUGCUAGUCUGGUACCAAUGGUCAGAGAUGCUUUUCUCGUCAAUGAGCUGGUUCGAAUAGACUGCCAAGGCCUUCCGAAGAGUGAUUACAAGAAAAUAGGCUGCAAACUUAGGGAUCUGGUUCCUUGUAUCCUUGUUACAUUUGAGAAGGAGCAGAUUGUGGUAUGGAGAGGGAAGGACUAUAAGCCACCAGAAUAUGGACAAUCCUUUGCGGACAGGGAAUGUUUUGAUGAUCCAGAGAGCAAUGAGGAGUAUAGCAAAGAAAGCUGUAGCUCAGAUGAGAGCAAUGACCAUCAAGAUUUCUACUCUAGCAGCGAUGAGGAGUAGUUUGUUUCAUGCUGCUUAUUCACCUCCAAGUUUCACAUUCUGUGUCGGGCUUGAUGCUUGUGCAAUUUGGAACAUUUUGCAGCGUGAGAAGAUCUAGAAGAGGCUCGACUAACUGGAGUGAGUAAUGGGGAUUGGCAUUUUUUCACCUCUUCCCAGCCAAAAAAGGGGGGGAAAAGAAAUAUUGAGCGAGAGAGAGAGAAAGGGGAAAAAGAAGGAAAAGGAGAGGAAUUACAAGGAACAGGAUUGCGUGUAAAUCAGAGUAAAGUGUACUUUAUCUUUUGAUUACAUAUUUUGAGCCCGAAUAGGGAUGGCUUAGAUAGUGAUAAACUGGCUUGGGAUUAAAUUUAAUAUCCGUAUCGGGUUCGGGUUCGACCGCACGGAUACCCGCUACCUGAAUCCGUUUAUGUAGCCGGAUGCGGAUACAUGGUACUCGAAUCUGUUACCUGUUUAUUAAUAUGUAUCUUAAAGGGUACUUGCGUGUACUUUACCUUAUUAGAUUCAUUAAUAAUUUUUUUUUCA